UCCUCCCCUCCGGAGGGGAUCCGCCCCUUUGGCCGAGGGCUCCUGCCCGCUUGCCUUCCCUCCGCCUGGUCCUCGAUGGCGGAUGGCUCCCCGUCCCCGGCGGCGGCGGCGGCGGCGGAGGGCCCCUUCGUGUGCCCGAUCUGCCUGGACGCCCUGAAGGAGCCGGUGACGGUCCCGUGCGGGCACAACUUCUGCCUGGGCUGCCUGGGCGCGCACCGGGCGGGGCAAGGGUCGGCCUCGCGCUGCCCACUCUGCCAGGAGCCCUUCCCGCCGGGCCUGCAGCUCCGCAAGAACCACGCGCUGGCCGAGCUGCUCCUCCACCUCCGCCGCCCCCCCGCCCUGGACCCCGCGGAGGAGGAGGAGGCGAGCGUGGCGGGCUCCCCCCGUUCUCCUCCUCCUCCUCCUCCUCCUGCGGGGGUGCUGUGCGACUUCUGCGCGGAGGAGGAGGGCCGGGCGGCGGCGGCGCAGUCGUGCCUGGUGUGCCUGGCCUCCUUCUGCGCGGCCCACCUGCAGCCCCACCUGCGCAGCCCGGCCUUCCAGGGACACCGCCUGGUGGACCCCGCGCCGCGCCUCGAGGACCGGCUCUGCAAGCUGCACCUGCGCCCCCUCGAGGCCUUCUGCCGCAACGACGGUGCCUGCCUCUGCCUCCUCUGCAAGGCCGACCCCCAGCACCGCGGGCACCACGCCGUCGCCCUCGAGGACGAGAUCCAGCGCGCCCAGGCCCAGAAACCAAAACUCUUGAGCAGUGUGGAGAGUCAGCUGGAUGAACUUGGCGUCCUUAUUUCCCAGACAAAGAGAACUGUCGAUUUAAUCAAAGGCACUGCUCAGAAAGAGAAGGAGAAGGUCAGCAAGCUUUUUGUUGAGACAGCCCGGGUCCUUGCAGCCUUCCAGAAGGAAGUCCUUGGAUUCAUUGAUGAUGGUGAAAGAGCCAUGUUGAGUGCGGCAGAAGAGGAGCUGAGGCAGAAGGAAGAGAGACAUGCCAUGUUGAAUGAGUGCUGGCAGAAUUUGGAAAAGGUCAACAGCACAGAUACCAUCUCUUUCCUUCAGGAGUUCCAAGCACUGAAAAUAGCUGCUGAAGAGAAAAACUUCUCAUGUGCAAGCUUUCCAAAAGAACUGAGUUUUAUCAAAUCGAGCCAAGCGGUGUGCACUGUCAAGGAGUGGCUCGUGAAUAUUUGCAAGAACCAGUGGGAUCAGCUUUCAGGAAAAGGAGAUGAUGGAACCAUUCCUUAUGGGAUGCCAGAAGUGACUAUGGGGAGCCCAACUGCUGAAAAAAGCACCAACCCUGCCUCUCUGGAGUCCCGAGAUUAUUUUCUCAAAUUUGCUUUCAUCAUAGAUUUGGACAGUGAUACAGCUGAUAAAUUCCUCCAGCUCUUUGGCACCAAGGGGGCCAAGCGUGUGUUGAAUCCCAUCGGCUACCCUGAGAACCCCACCAGGUUCAUUAACUGUGAGCAGGUGCUGGGUGAGAAUAUCAUGAACCGCGGCAACUACUAUUGGGAAGUGGAGAUAAUUGAUGGCUGGGUGAGCAUUGGGGUCAUCACAGAAGACUUCAACCCCCAGGAGCCAUAUGAUAGGGGCCGCCUGGGCAGGAAUGAGAAGUCCUGCUGUCUGCAGUGGAACGGGCAGAACUAUGUUGCCUGGUUCGGGGGUUUUGACUGUGUGAUACAACAGCCUUUCUUCCACACCAUUGGCGUGUUCUUGGAGUACUCUGAGAAGGUGCUGACAUUCUUUGGAGUCAAGGAUGCCAAGAUGACCUGUCUGCAACAGUUCAAAGUAGCUCGGUUCAAAAAGGGCCAUUUUGAUCCCUUCCAGAAUAAGAUCAACCACCAGUUUCCUACCUUUUUUUCUCACAAUCUCAAGCCAGCAUUUUUUCUUGAAAGUGUAGAUGCCCACAUGCAACUCGGACCUUUAAAGAAAGACUGUGUCUCUGUGCUGAAACGACGUUAAUUUGUUUACUGUAUAGGAAAGAAGACAGAAUUCAGAAAAGGCUAACCUGAAGCCUCUUUAGUGGCACUACAGCACCUCACUGGUUUAGGGUUAAAAGCAUGUGUCAUUCUUAUCUCUGUCACUACCACAUGAAAGGCAUUUGCUGACAUCACUUUUGCUUCUGAGUUUUCAUUGGGAUAGCACUUUUUAGGGCUUCUGCCUUCUGGACCUAAUCUAGAAGGCCCUAAGCUUGUUUUCCUUUCACAUAUUUUGAAUUGCUUCAAUUCUCUUAUUGUAUAAACCUGCUGGUGCCACCAAAAGCAGCAGACACCUACACUGGGAAUAAACGCACCAAAAGAAAGAAUAAACCUUGAUCAAAAAAUAGCCAGAAUUAGUGCCAAUGUCUAUAUUCCUGUAAAAAUUAGUGGAAAAGAUAAGGAUGAGGAUAAUUAUAGAAAUAUAUUGAAUUAGAUGAUUCUCUCCAUGAGAAAAAAUUGAGGGAUCGACUCUUAGUUCAUUUACUUAAAUCCAGAUUAGGUAGAGUACUGGAUGACAUGUGUCAGCUUGCUCCAACAUGGUGCCCUCCAAAUAUAUUGGAGGCACCUCCCAAUUGUGAGAAUAUUUCUGAGAGAUGAAGUCCAAUAUAUCUAGAGGGCAGCAGCUUUGGGAAGGGUGUGUUCUGUAAAAUGAUACUGGAGACUUUUGGACAUCCAGUUCUCAAGCUGCCAAAUAUCCACCAAAAUCGGGUCCAAAAUGUCAUUGUUCUAGAUGUGGUAGGUAUUCAAACAUUCCUCUAGUUCUGUCUACCUGGGGUUGUAGUUACAGAUUACCAUACACAAUUGUAACUUGCUAGCUGCAGUUGUAAGCAAUUUUCUAAUCACAAUGGUGCAAAAGGCCACACACAUUCAAAGGUGAAGUUAAAUCAGAGUUUACCUAUGUAGCAGAUCACUGCUUGUUUUUAAAUUUCAUUAAAUAAAAUGGGAGUUGUGCUGAGGAAAGAGUACAGCCCCCUCUCUGACAGCUGAAAUGUAAACAAACGAAACAGCUGGCCAGAAAGCAAUUGUGACACAGUUCAGCAAUUGCUGUACUUUACUAGUUACUACACUUCAUACUUUUGUGUUGCAGUCACAGUAGCAAGAUGGAUGUGUGGGUAGAUUCAGACUAGGUUCUUAGAUACCAGCCCUAAAUAAAAGUGAAAUUGGGCACCUAUGAGUUGUAGUAUCUUUAGAAUAUGUCGUAACACAACACUGAUGUGUUUCUUAGUGAUGCUUAAAAAGUGGUAGAAAAACUGUCUUGGCUUGAUAUUCUAAUAUAUUAAUUACUGUAAAUUGGGGGAAAGCAGGAAGAUGUACUGCUUGAGUUGUACUUUCCAGUUAUUGUCUUGCUGAUCUAGAGUUCUUAAGCAAUAGACCUUAUAUUUUUAAGGCGAAAAUGAAAGCCAUAGCGAGUGACUCUUGAGAACAGGUCCAUGAAAAAGGGAUGGGGAGAUUUGAGGCAGAUUACAAAGAUUUGAAUUUCCAUAUAGCAUGGACACUAAGUGCCUACAGGUCAUGAUUUCACCACAAGGUGCCUUUCAGGUGUAUGUUGGAUGACAAUGUCUGUAAUAAUCAGUGGCUGUGCUGGUUGGGGAUAAUGGGACUUCUAGUUCAGGCAUCUGGUAAAUAUGCCAGAUUGUGAAAAAUUGAACUUUACAACUGCUAUUUUCCAGCAGAUCACUUCCACCCAUCCUAGUAAAAUGACACUAUAAACAAUAUUGCACCCAACAUAAUGUAGUCCUGUUGCCUUCUAAAAUGCAGUAUCAAAAAAAAGUUUAUAGUCAAGUAGUGUGAGAAGUUACAAACUUUUCUGUGGACAUUGAGUAAAGUUAAACCUGGUUUAAUCUGUUCUGUUUUUGGAUAUGAAAUGGUAGUGGAAUUGAUGAUCCACUAUAUUUCUUUCUUCCCCAGGAUAUAAAAUUAAUGGUUAGUGUGAUAUGAAUUUAGUAUUACCCUUGGGUUAUAAGUGUACAAUUGUAACAUAUUCCAGCUUGUUACACUUAAUACAAAUUUAUGCUCAAGGAAGAGGAAAAGAAUUGGGAGUUGUUUUUAAUUCAAAGAUUUUUCUUCAUGUAUUUCUUGCAGAAAUAAAAACAUAAUGCUGGUGUACUUCAUAAAUGCUGAUGUACACCAGUCUUCACCACUGAUGCUGGUGUACUCCAGGGAUUCAGUAUUAUGACUAUUUUUGAAGGAGUUAAUUAAAGUUUCAUAUAUUGUCUACCUCCCAAGGCUUGGUCUUCAUACAAAAUAAAGACUAUUGUGUAUUUAUACAUAACUAAUAGUAUUAUUAAUGAGGUCAAUGGUGUGAGUUCACUUGUCUUUGCUGUCUGGGUUUUAAUCAGAUAUUCCUAGCUAUCAGCAAGAAACAGUGGUCACCACAGUUAGUUUUUAAAACUUUCAUUGAUGAAAUAAACAACAACACAAUUGUUACUGAGUUGACUACUAUGCUAGUAGUGUUGUGAUAUUUAAACAAGCCUUUAUGGAAUUAACUGGAAUGAUCACUUUUUCACACUGAACAAACUGGCUGUAUUUGUUGUUCUUUCUACUCAAUUGGCUGAAUCAAAUGUUUGUUUCUUUACACAGUGUUGUGCAAUUAUUACUUUUCCAUAUUUUGGAGUGUUACUAAUCCAUUUGCUUUGGGGAUUUCCAAAUCAAAACAUACGGUUCUGUAAUCUGAAGUGUGUGAGGAAAUUUAAUUUCUAUUAAACAAUAUGCAAGUACAA